AGCUGUUAUCGUUGUGUUAACAAAACAAAAUGGCAGACAAUUCGAGGAAGGAUGCCACCCGUUACAUUGUGAUAAACGCUGAUGAUUUUGGAUAUUGUGAUCAAAGAAAUCGUGGUAUUGUAGAAUCAGUUCAAUCUGGAGUAGUUUCGAGUACUAGUCUCCUCGUGAAUGCUGACAAGUCCCUAGAAGCAGUAAAACUAGCCAGGGAAUAUUCGAUACCCUUAGGAUUGCACCUCAACCUGACUGAGGGUCGAACAAUAAAAUCCCGACUCGGUUCCCUCACGACAGCAAAUGGUUUUAUGAGGGGUAAGUUUGGAUUCAGAAAGGCAUUGAAAAAUGGAGAAAUAGAGUUAAAUGAGGUAAAAGAAGAAGUGGAGUGUCAACUGCAGUGGUUUAUUGACAAUGUAGGAUCAGUACCCACACAUAUUGAUGGACAUCAACAUGUUCAUGUAUUGCCUCAAGUGUGUGCAAUUCUGUGCAAGGUUAUGAAAAAGUUUGGAAUUUGUUGGACAAGAGUACCAGUGGAAAUAAACCUCGAGGAAUGUGUAUGGAUCAAGGAGCCUGUGAAAAAUUUCAACAAAUUUGUUAUGGCAGAUGCUGAAAAUUCCAAGUCAACUUUCUCUAACUAUGGAAUAAGGUUUUCAAGUCAUUUUAUUGGGUUCAGUACCAUGGGGAAAGAUAUGACAAUUUCCAGGCUUGAACAGGCCAUCAAAAAUGUUUUCACAAAGGACUCUGAAGAAGUUUGUGAGCUCAUGGUGCAUCCUGGGUAUAAGAGUAUUAUAGGAUGUGGUGGUUGUGGUGAGGGACCAGAUUUGUUUGCAUGCUCUGAUGGUAGGGAGCAUGAAUUAGAAACACUCAAGAGUCCUACUCUCCAAGAGUACCUAAAAUCUAAUAAUAUUAGAGUUUGUUCCUUCCAAGAACUGAACCUUGUAAGUCAUCCAUAGUUACUCUGUCUUAAUGUCCUUCUCUCAACCAUUAAACCCUAGCAUCAAUAUCCAUAUAAUAUUCUCCAUGCUGUCCUCAAUACAUUUGCCAAGGUGCCAACAAGGAUAAUUUGAAUCCAACAACUUCUUUAAGCCUUCAUUUGAUCAAAUUUGGUAUGACACAAGUCAGUAUUUACAAGACAAAAAAUACAAUAACAAUAGAAAGUAUGUAAUCAUGUAUUUAACCUUCCAGGGAUUUUCCAGUAAUAAAUCAUACUAUUAAACAAAGACAAUGAUAUGUUUCCAUUUAUUUUUCCUCCUUUCAUUGAUAACAUAGCAAUGCUAGAGAUUUCUUUAAUCCACAAAAUAUUAAGACCACUAACACUUGCUAAACCACAGUAUAUUGGACUGGGUAAGUAACUAAUCAAGAGUAAAUUAUUUUUGUUUUGUUUUUCUUAACUUAACCUCCCUAUUUAUUUGUUCGUUUUGUUUGUUUUGACCUCUUCCAAAUCUGAUCUCAUUUAAUGUUGUAUCAUUUCUUCCAUCUGUUUCACGUGAAACUUGCACUCUGAAUAAUGGAGAUCUGAUGGAAUACACUAGUUUUAUCACUGAGUGCAUGAUUUAGUUUGUUCUUCAAAAAAAAAAAAAAAAAAAAA